UCAUGUUCGAACGAAUGCACGAAGCGCCUUAUACGAUCGAACUGACUGAUGAGACCAUGAAGCUCGACGCCGCUCUAUUCUACCAGGACGCUUGGGCCGACCCGAACUACACGAUGAGUGACUGGGAUGACGAGUCGGUCUGGACGUGGGGAACCAAGGGCAUGGUGAACUUUGGCAUGAUGAGCUUGGCUAGCUUGACCGGUGGCUUGACUGAGGACAAACCUACGAACGAUGCUUGCUCCGACGCAUCGACUACCUUCACCGGUGGCGUCGCCGAAAAGGAGCCCAUCGACGAAGGCUGUUCCGCCUUCUCGUCGAUGCAUUCGCUCGAGCGCGUCCCGACAGAUGAGGUCAUCAACGGUGGCCUCUUCAUCAUAGUGGGCUCGGACACGCUGGAGCUCUCUUCAGCUGAGAACGGCGGACUUCUGAACCACAAUCGGCAGCACCACCAGGCAAACCAUCAGCUCAAGAUCCAGUUGAAGAAAUCAUAAAUUCGGUAGAACUUUCUCCAUCUCCCGACUACAAGAACAGAACGAACGAAUCGUUUUUGGCGAAAGAAACCCAAAGCUUUAUGACGACAACACGAAUCCUUUUCUGUACUUGUACUACGACCUUUAUUUUUUACCCCUUUUUCUCCAAUAUCUUCGCUUCGCAUUGUCGCUCGUGCUGCAAUCGGCAUUUGCAUACUCUGCUUUCGGCGUCAAGGGGGAGGAGUCGGUCAAGGACAAACUUGCAUUCAACAGCGGUUAAGAGAGUUAAAGAGGGAAUGAAACGAAACUUAUGGAGAGAUGAUUUCUCACGCAGCAAUUCAAUUGGUUGGGAAGGCUCCGGGGGGGAACAAAUCGGCGUAAAUGGAUUGGAACGAAGGACAAGAGGACAAAGAGAAAGUGGCAUUGAGAGUCCAUUAUAUAGGCCCACUUGGACUUCCAACCCAACACUCUCAGUCUUCGUAAUUCUAAUCAGUCUCAAGGCCAUUUCUUGGCCCUAAGGUGACGGUUGCUUGUACAGGAUGAAAGCAUAUCUGCCAAUAAGCAAAUAGGACCUGCACAUGUGAAUGGCAUGAAGUAGUGAUACCA